AUAUAUUUUUGGGUCGUUUUCUCUUAUCGAACUACUUCGGCUAUUUCCGUCAGCACAGCCGAAGUCCUCCGAAAACUCCUGCGUAACUGGACGCUCUGACUACAGUUCCGCUGUUCUGGUCUAGAAGGCCAAAUAGCGCCAAGUCAUGUUGCGUUUUCCAGCAGUUGGCCGAGCCCUGGCUGGGGCUGCCCACUCCAAAGGGUGCCUCACCUCCUCUAGCAAUGUGAGGACAUCUGUUCGGGCCUCAAGUAAUAUGGUGGAAGUGUUUGUAGAUGGAAAGCCUGUAAUGGUGGAACCUGGGACCACUGUACUUCAGGCUUGUGAAAAAGUUGGUGUGCAGAUUCCUCGUUUCUGCUACCACGAACGCCUGUCUGUGGCAGGAAACUGCCGGAUGUGUUUGGUGGAGAUUGAGCGAGCGCCAAAGCCUGUGGCAGCUUGUGCUAUGCCUGUCAUGAAGGGAUGGAACAUUCUUACAAACUCUGAGAAGACUCGCAAGGCCAGAGAGGGAGUCAUGGAGUUUCUUCUUGCCAAUCACCCUCUUGACUGUCCAAUUUGUGAUCAAGGAGGAGAGUGUGACUUGCAGGAUCAGUCGAUGAUGUUCGGGUCAGACAGAAGUCGAUUCACUGAAGGAAAGAGAGCUGUGGAGGACAAGAACAUGGGUCCACUCAUCAAAACAAUCAUGACACGCUGCAUUCAGUGCACACGUUGUGUUCGCUUUGCCAGUGAGAUUGCAGGUGUGGAGGAUUUGGGCACCACCGGACGUGGAAACAGCAUGCAGAUCGGCACUUAUGUAGAGAAAAUGUUCAUGUCUGAAAUGUCAGGAAACGUGAUUGAUGUUUGUCCUGUGGGAGCGCUGACCUCUAAACCCUACGCUUUCACAUCGCGACCCUGGGAAACCAGGAAGACAGAAUCCAUUGAUGUGCUGGAUGCAGUGGGCUCUAAUAUUGUGGUGAGCACAAGGGGUGGAGAGGUAAUGAGGAUCCUGCCUCGUCUGAAUGAAGAGGUCAAUGAGGAGUGGAUCUCGGACAAGACCAGGUUUGCUUAUGACGGGCUGAAGCGGCAGCGUUUGACCCAGCCCAUGGUAAAGGAUUCCAGUGGUCAGCUGGUGCAGACUACCUGGGAGGAUGCUCUCACCCGUGUUGCUGCAAUGCUUCAGGGGGUCCAGAAGUCUGAGGUAGCAGCCAUUGCUGGUGGGAUGGUAGAUGCAGAGGCUCUGGUGGCCCUGAAAGAUCUGCUGAACAAACUGGACAGUGAGGCGCUUUGCACAGAGGAGGUCUUCCCUACGGCUGGAGCUGGGACUGACCUGCGCUCUAAUUACCUUAUGAACUCCCGCAUUGCUGGUAUUGAGGAGUGUGAUUUGCUGCUCCUGAUUGGGACAAACCCACGCUACGAGGCUCCGCUCUUCAACGCACGUGUUCGUAAGAGUUGGCUUCAUAAUGAGCUGCAGGUUGCUUUAGUGGGUCAUGAGGUGGAUCUCAGCUAUACUUACAACCAUCUGGGGGAUUCCACUCAGGUGCUGCAGGAAAUUGCUGCUGGAAAGCACCAAUUCUGCCAGGUGUUGGCCCAGUCUAAGCGACCAGUGGUGGUGGUGGGAAGCUCGUGUUUGCAGAGAGCAGAUGGUGCUGCUAUCUUGAGCGCUGUAUCCACAAUUGCUCAGAACGCUCGUGUCAGCAGUGGGGUGGAGGAGGGAUGGAAGGUCCUGAAUGUGCUGCACAGAGUGGCCAGCCAAGUGGCAGCUCUGGACCUGGGCUAUAAACCUGGUGUGGAGGCAAUCAGGAAGAACCCUCCUAAAGUGCUUUUCCUGCUGGGAGCUGAUGCUGGCUGCAUCACCAGAGUAGACUUACCAAAAGACAGCUUUAUAAUCUAUCAAGGCCACCAUGGCGAUGUGGGAGCUCCCAUGGCUGAUGUCAUCUUGCCUGGCGCAGCAUAUACAGAGAAGAAUGCCACAUAUGUGAACACAGAGGGGCGUGCCCAGCAGACCAGAGUCGCAGUUACUGCUCCAGGCAUGGCCCGUGAAGACUGGAAGAUCCUGCGGGCUGUCUCUGAGCUGGCUGGAGUUGCUCUGCCCUAUGACACAUUAGAGGAGGUGAGGGACAGGCUGGCAGAGGUGGCCCCGAACCUGGUACGUUAUGAUGAUGUGGAGGAAGCCAACUACUUCAAACAGGCCAAUGAGCUCUCAAAGGCUGUGAAUCAAUCCUUGCUCGCAGAUCCUCUUGUUCCUCCGCAGCUCUCUGUGAAAGACUUCUACAUGACAGACCCCAUCAGCAGAGCUUCCCAGACAAUGGCCAAGUGUGUAAAAGCUGUGACCGAGGGAGCAGCAGCAGUUGAAGAACCCGAUAUCUGCUAAAACGCAGACGCACACUCCCUUAACUGUCCCCAGUAACUGGUUCCCACUAUUUUCACACACAUACGUGUUAGAACAUCAAGGUUUUGGCACUAAUGUGCUCCUUUUCUCUUGGUCAGUCCUACUGUUGAAACAUCUGGGUAUAUUCUACUCUUAUUUAAAUACUCUAAAAGGAUUGUUGUAAAGACUUAAUUCCCGCACUGAGAUCAAGGGAGAACUGCUUUGUUAUUGAAAGCUCUUAUGAUGAAUAAAACUGUAUUGUGAUCAUU